AUGCAUGAGGGAAUAGAUCUGAAUACAACCUCUGAAGCUUCGUCUGUUCUUGCCGGCGAGCUCCAAACUCAAAAGGCAAUUUGCAGUUGGGCAAGUCAAAAACUGGGGAUGAAUCUGGAACAACUGAAGGAAAAGUGUAGCGUGCUCGAUACUGAAAACCUCGACCAACAGAAGAAAGAUGGCCGCAUUUGGAUACGAAGAAGAAAAGAUGAUGACAGGGUACACAUCCACAUGAAAGGAUCAAUGGGUGAGAUUCUGGCUCUUUGCACUGAUUAUUAUGAAGAAGACGGGGUAAUCAAAGAUAUCAGUGAAACUGCAAGAGAAACAUUGAAGAAUAUUGAACACAAGAUGAAGAAUAAUGGUCUCCACUGCAUAGCGUAUGCACAUGCCGUUGUUUUGGGAGACCUUCAAGAUAAUGGUGACAUAAACUUUCAUUCAGGGCACCAAGAAAGUUUCAUUUUGAUAGGGUUUUUAGGUCUACGGGACCAGUUUCGGGACGGUAUAAUAGAAUUUGUGAAAGAAUGCCAAGAAGCCAGAGUAUAUGUCAAAAUGAUCACAACAGAAGAUGUCCAGAAGGCACAGAUAUCCGCUCUAGGAUGUGGCAUACUCAGUUCAGACAGUUCUUAUCAAACAGCAGUCACAGAUGUCAUCAUUGAAGGCAGAGAACUUAGAAGCUUUACUGGUCAAGAGAGGUCAGAAAAGGCAAAAAAGUGUAGUGUGAUUGCCAGAGCCUCUACUUCGGACAAGCGUCUGCUGGUACAAUGCCUGAAAGGUUCCGGCCAUGUAGUAGGAGUUAUUGGAGGCUGCCCAGGCGAUGAAAAACUUUUUGAAGAAGCUGAUGUGGGUUUCUAUCUCGAGAUCCAAGAAUCUCACUCCAUGAAGGAAAAGUCAGAUAUUAUCAUCGCGGGUGAUAGUUUUGACCUCAUAGCAAAAGCUAUGAAGUGGGGAAGAGGCAUCUACAACAACAUCCAGAUAUAUGCACAAUUCCAGCUCACAGCUACAAUGGCCUCUCUGGUAACAGACUCUAUAACUGCAAUUUUCUCAGGAGAACCCCCAGGAAUCAACAUCGUUACAUCCAUUUCAUCUGGUAAGAUUCCAUAUGCAGCUCUCCAACUCUUAUGGGUGAAGUUGGCAGUAGGCACAUUAGUUGUUGUAGCUCUUUCAGUUGAUAAUCCUGCUGAAACCCUUAUGCAAAAGAUGCCGGUGGAAAAAAGGGAACCAUUUAUAACCAACAUAAUGUGGAGGGACAUCAUAGGACAAGCUCUGUGCCAAAUCAUUAUCUUACUUAUCAUACAGUUUGAGGGAGAAGCAACUUUCAAACUGAGUGGUGGAGAAAAGGAUACUUUGAUUUUCAACAUCUUCGUCCUUUUCCAAAUCUUUGCCAUAUUCAACACAGUGAAGGGGAAAAACAUCUUUGAGAGACUGAAAAAGAAAAGGCUAUUCUGGAUGUUACUAAGCAUGAUAGUUAUUCUGCAGGUUAUUAUGGUGGAGUUUUUGAAAAAGUUUGCAGACACAGAGAGGCUCAAUUGGGCGCAAUGGCGUUCAUGCAUCGGAAUUGCCAUGAUAUCUUGGCUGGUGGGUUGGCUAUUGAGAAGGAUACCAGUUCCUGAGAAGCCUUACUUGUGCUCUCUAUAG